CUUCUGUAAAAAUAUCAGCAAUAUGAAGAAUAUAGGAAUCGAUCUUUUUGUUGGAAUAGUAUCAAGUAAAUAUUAUUUAAGAAGUUUAGGUUGUGUAAAUACAAUAGUUGGUUACCCAAUGGAUUUUAUAAAAACAAGAAUGCAAUUAUAGCAGAGUAAAUAGGGUACGUUGAAAUCAAUUAUUAACAUUAUUAAAAUGGAAGGUCCCUAAGCAUUCUAUAGAGGUAGUAUAUUAAAAGGAUGAUAUGAAAUAGGGGUAUCUAUUUAACUAUUGAACAGUGUAUUUGCAGGGUCCAUUUAUUUCACUACAUAUGAAUAAAUUAGGAGAUAAUUUGAAAAAUAUGAUAAUUUACCUAGAAAUAGUUAUUUACCAUUAUAUCAAACAUUUCUAGCAGGAUCUAUGGCUGUAAAUUGAAUUAUGAAUCUAGGGUAUAUGUAGUGAUUUAUUUGCUAUUCCAUUUGAAUAUACUAAAAUUUAAUCUCAAAAACAAGAAAUUCUUAUAGGAACUAAAGUGAGAGGACCUCUUUUUAUUUUAUUUGAUACAGUUAAGAAGCAAGGAAUUAGAUAGAUAUAUAAGUAAAUUAUUUAUUUACCUUCAGAGGAUCUUUAUUACAAAUAAUUAGGGAUUUUGUUGGAUGUGGUUCUUUUUUUUUAGCUCAUUCUGAAACUUUGCAUUUUUUUACACCUCCUGGCAAAUCUAGGAAUGAAUCAUCUUAAACAGGAAUAUUUAUAGCUAGUAUUGCUGCUGGAUUUGGUUAUUGGGUCAUAAGUUAUCCAUUAGAUAUUAUAAAAACAAGAUAUUAAGUUGACAAUUAGAAGUAUUUAUAUCUUAUAAUUAGUACCCUUAAUAUCAUAAAAUAAAUAUAUUUAUAAGGAGGAAUCUUAUAAUUCUAUAAAGGAUUUAAAAUCACUGUCCUUCGAAGUAUUUUUGUCAACAUAUUUUAAUUAUAUACCUAUGAAAAUUUAAGAAGAGUUUGUCAUAAAUAUGGUUGA